GCAUGAAUUCAAUGUUCGCCACAGUUUUUCUGCUCCUGGGAUUCUGCCUGGUCGCAUCAACCGGAACUGGUAAUGCCAAAGGUAAGGGUAAAGGCAAAAAUACUACUCCCACUACUACUACCACGACUGAGAGUGACUACGAUUACUUUUUGAUCAAUUGGCGUGAUCCCCUUAUAAAAAACUCACUGUCGUGCGAACUCGGAAAUGCUGUGGCUAAGGCGAGAUCAUUACCAACCGAUGGACCUUUUCAAAACCUUUCAACAUUGAUAACUGCUACUGAAGGUAUUUAUAAAACAUUGACGAAUUUGAUUGGAAAAAAUGGUACGCUGGUGUCCAAUAUAACAAAACCGAUGAGACGCAAUCUCAGAAUACUGACGGGAAAUGUAAAGGAUAUCUUCCAGAAAUACAAGGGAGUUUUGAACGACGUCGAUUUGAUUAAACGCAUUUUGAAAACAUCUCGACACUACAUUAUGACACCAUAUUCCGGUUAUGGCAACGUUGGUGCUUACCUGAACGAAAUAGAUGCGUUAUUUAGUAAAAGCACCAAAUGGUGGAACGUGUAUAAAUCAAUAGACAACCUUUACAAUUUGGGGAAAACAUUGAAGUUGAACUUAUCAGCAAGAAGCUCAAUAGAUCACCAAAAAGCAAAAUCAAAAAUGAAUAAACUUCACAACAAAAUUGCUAGCCUUAAGAUUAUUGUUAUGGACAUAAUCAGUAAUCUGACCAAAUCGAAGAAAAACGCCGAGACGUUUCUGAAUGAUCAUGGCAAGGAGUUUGUUUGUAAAGGCUGCCUUGAUUCUAACGACUCCUAUUGCCUCAGUGGAAUAUGUAGACCUGGCCAUUUUGGAUACGCGUGUCAGUUAGAAAAUGAUGAAUUUGGACGAUGCACUAGGCUUGGGGAAGGGAAUGUGACGACGUAUAACGGCUAUGUAUACACCCCCAACGAGAUCGACACAAAUGAAUUGACCUUCUACCCUGGAGGGACAUUCCUUUCUUUUAGUAUAAGUGAUAUUGCCUUUGUUGAUGCCGUUGCGGCAAUUACAGUUACUCUUAUGGAAGAGGAGUACACUCUAAUGGCGAACGGGACACUUAAUGUAAAUGGUAGGCCUGGUCCCCUCCCUUUGACCAAGACCUAUAGAACACCCCAGUCACCUAUCAACGGCAAAGUGGCAAUUCAACAGGAUGGACAUACGCUAGUUCUGCAGUCAAGCAUACACCAACUAACUGUGGAAUUUUCCACUGAUGGGAGCGAUGACGUCAGCGUGUCGUUGAGUGUAUAUUGGGAGACACUGGUGUCGGGGAAGUGUGGCAAUUUUGAUAGAACUACUAAUCUAGAUUAAAUGCAGCCGGA